AUGCAAUAUUAUAAUCCAUGGACAUUUUGCAAUCCAAAUAUUGAAUGUUUCUUUUAUAUUUUAACUCAAAGAGUUAAAACACCAGUUGAAAAUUCCUUAAGGGAUGCAAAGCUCUCCUUCAAAGACCUAGAUGAGGUAAUACUUGUUGGUGGUUCAACACGUAUACCUGCUGUUCAGGAGCUUGUCAGGAAGUUGACGGGGAAGGAACCAAAUGUUACAGUCAAUACUGAUGAAGUUGUUGACCUUGGUGCUACAGUUCAGGCUGGUGUAUUAGCUGGAGAUGUAAGCGACAUUGUAUUGUUGGAUGUGAUACCACUGUCAGUGGGUUUGGAGACCCUUGGUGGUGUCAUGACAAAGAUCAUCCCAAGAAACACCACUCUACCUACCUCUAAUUCAGAGGUAUUCUCAACGGCUGCGGAUGGGCAGACGAGUGUAGAGAUCAAUGUUCUUCAAGGGGAGGGAGAAUUUGUUAGAGAUAACAAAUCUCUUGGUAGCUUCCGUCUGGAUGGUAUUCCGCUUGCACCACGUGGGGUUCCUCAAAUUGAAGUGAAGUUUGACAUUGAUGCCAAUGGUAUACUCUCCGUCGCUACUAUUGACAAGGGCACAAACAAACAGCAGGAUAUUACUAUUACUGGUGCUAGCGCCCUGCCUAAUGAUGAGUGUUGA